AGCCUGCCUGUCCAUUCCAUCCGGGAUACAGUAACUAACAGCAGGGAUGAAGCGCAGUGUGUGGUAAUGGCUGACGACAGAGCCGGGCAGUCGGGUGCUGGUACUACCUAGCUAGAUGUGUCUUAUUCAGGCUUUGAUGGGAAUACAACAUUGUGAAUAUAAGCAACAAAUAAAACUAGACACUGUGAAGUACUCACAAUGUCUAAAAGCAAGAGCUCAGAGUCUGUGAAAGUGGUAGUGCGCUGCCGACCUAUGAAUGAAAAGGAGAAGGCGGCUAACUUUCAGAGGGUAGUGUCUGUGGACGUAAAGCUGGGACAAGUGGCUGUGAAGAACCCCAGGGGUACUGCCCAUGAGCACCCAAAGGUGUUCACCUUUGACUCAGUCUAUGACUCAAACUCAAAGCAGGUAGAUCUUUACGAUGAAACCUUCAGGCCGCUGGUGGACUCUGUCCUGCUAGGGUUCAACGGCACCAUUUUUGCUUACGGUCAAACGGGCACUGGUAAGACCUACACCAUGGAAGGUGUGCGCAAUGAUCCGGAGAGGAGAGGUGUAAUCCCCAACUCAUUUGAGCAUAUUUUCACGCACAUAUCUCGGUCUCAGAACCAGCAAUACCUAGUGAGAGCAUCGUACUUGGAGAUCUACCAGGAAGAGAUCAGAGACCUGCUGUCCAAGGACCAGGCCAGGCGGCUGGAGUUGAAGGAAAGGCCUGACACUGGCGUGUAUGUCAAGGAUCUGUCCUCCUUUGUCACCAAGAGUGUAAAGGAGAUUGAGCAUGUCAUGAAUGUGGGCAACCAGAACCGGUCGGUCGGAUCAACGAACAUGAAUGAGCACAGCUCCCGCUCCCAUGCCAUUUUCGUCAUCACUAUUGAGUGCAGUGAGCUGGGCCUGGAUGGGGAGAACCACAUACGGGUAGGCAAGCUUAACCUGGUUGAUCUGGCAGGCAGCGAAAGACAGGCUAAGACCGGGGCCCAGGGGGAACGUCUGAAGGAGGCCACCAAAAUCAACCUGUCCCUCUCUGCCCUUGGCAAUGUCAUCUCUGCGCUUGUGGAUGGCAGGAGCACCCAUAUCCCCUACCGUGACUCAAAGCUUACUCGACUGCUACAGGACUCUUUAGGUGGCAAUGCCAGGACUGUGAUGGUGGCCAACAUAGGCCCUGCCUCCUAUAAUGUGGAGGAGACGCUGACUACCUUGCGCUAUUCAAAUCGUGCGAAAAACAUCAAGAACAAGCCCCGUGUCAAUGAGGACCCCAAGGAUGCUCUCCUGCGGGAGUUCCAGGAGGAGAUUGCCCGCCUAAAGGAGCAGCUGGAGAAACGCUCAGGAAAGGGGAAGAGGAGGAAGAGGAGGAAGUGGAAGCCUGGGGACAGUGGAGACGAGCCAGAGGAGGGAGACGAGGACGACGAAGAGGAAGAUGAUGGUGAAGAAGGGCCGGGGGGAGAAGAGAAGGAGGAUGCGGAUUACUGGCGGGAGCAGCAGGAGAAGCUGGAGAAGGAGAGGAAGGCCAUCAUGGAUGAUCACAGCCUAGUGGCCGACGAAAAGCUGAAGCUGCUGACGGCCAAGGAGAAGAAGAUGGAUGACCUCAAGAGGGAGCGGGAGGCUGGGGAAAUGCUGGCUGCUAAAGUCAAGGCCAUGGAGAGCAAGCUUUUGGUUGGAGGAAAAAAUAUUGUUGAUCACACCAACGAACAGCAGAAGGUUCUGGAACAGAAACGACAGGAAAUUGCUGAACAGAAACGCAGGGAGCGGGAGAUGCAGCAGCAGAUGGAGUGCCGGGAUGAGGAGACCCUGGAGCUGAAGGAGACCUAUAGCUCCCUCCAGCAGGAAGUGGACAUUAAAACCAAAAAGCUGAAAAAGUUGUUUGCCAAGCUGCAGGCAGUGAAAGCAGAGAUCAGUGAUGUCCAGGAUGCACACAUACAGGAGCGGCAGGAGCUGGAGCAGACGCAGAACGAGCUGACCCGGGAACUUAAACUCAAGCACCUUAUCAUUGAAAACUUCAUUCCCAUGGAGGAGAAAAACAAAAUAAUGAACCGAACAUUCUUGGAUGAGGAGGAUGAUCAUCACUGGAAGCUGCGACCCAUUACCCGACUUGAGGAUGACCAGCAGAUGAUGACUCGGCCUGUGUCUGCCGUAGGCUACAAGCGCCCCCUAAGCCAGCACGCCCGUACAGCCAUGCUGAUGCGGCCAGAUGUCAGAUACAGGGCUGAGAACAUCCUGCUCCUAGAGCUGGACCUGCCCACAAGAACCACCAAGGAGUACGAGGAGCCUGUCAUUGCCCCUAAAGUGGCUGCGGCGCUGGAAGAUGCCCUGCGGGAUGAGGAUGAGAUCCAGGUGGACGCCUCAAACUUUCACAGUAGCCUCCCCACCCCUCCAGGUGCCAGUGUUGGCAUCACCAAAAAGCCAAAGUCCAGUAGCCGGCCUAAGACUGGAAAAAAGGUGAGCACCCCAACCUCUGCAACAAGCCCCUCAAGCUCAGGACACCCCCUCUACCCACAGUCCCGUGGGCUUGUCCCCAAGUGAUGGCCUCCCUUCUGAAAAUUCCAGCUUUAACACACCUAAACUGGUCACUCUGGUUUAAGCUGUUUUCAACACUUUUAGCUUGUCAACCAGGUGAUCACUAGCUGACCAGCCUUUAUAGUCAGGUAGUAAACCUGCUUACCAUCAGCUUGCAUCUUCACCAGCUUUGACCAGCUUUGUUCAGCUAGAUACCAGCUACGACCAGCCACAGACCAACUGUGACCUGCUGGAAGUGUCAAACACAGCUUAAACCAUCUUAAAGCAGCUUAGAAUUCCAGCUGGUCCUAGAUUUUCAGCAGUGCUGGCUCUCUGGUCUCCAGAUGAGUCAGUGGAAGGUCUGCUUGACAGCCAGGGCGAAGACGCGCUGGUAUGCACUUUCCAAUUUUCUGAACAAUGUAGCCGACUUUCCCAGUGUGAGGGGAACCUCCAGCUUUUCUACUUUUCAUCAUGUGGCCAUUAGUUAUUUGACCUCCUAAGCAUGGUUCCAAGGACCACAGUGACUAAAUGCCAGUGCCCACAGUGACAUUGAAUAUUGCUAAUAUUCUGUUAAAAAAAAAAAAAACUGAAAAAUGCAUUUCAAUGGUUGUUCACUCUUUUAAUUGAUGGAACAGACAUUGGCAAUGUAGACCAAGAGUCUCAUCUACAGUGCAACAAUUCAGAUGUCAUUGGCCCUCCUGCACUAUUUGCUUUCAUAACAUCUGAAUCUUCAUUUUGCCACAAUGUGUGUUCUUAGUCACAAAGGAAAGAGUUUGCUGAAAUAAUUUUCUCUUGAUGAGGAAUGAAGUUGUGGCAUUCAGGGCUGGACUACUUAUACAAAAGUAUACGUAUUAUACUUAUACAUGGUAGCCCCACACAUGCUCUGCAUGCUGUUUUGCAUUUGGUUUCAAGUCAUUUUUUUCCAUUUGAGGAAAAGGAGAGCAUGUUCUUGUAUGGGGUUUCAAUUAAACUCCUUUAAAUCUGAAUUCCAACUUCAAGUCGAAUUGUCAUGAGAUUUUAGGGUGAACGUUCAUCUGUGUGAUGAACUGCAGAGCUCCAUUUGAAUAUCUGUUUUGCCACCCAAAGCCGUAGAUUGAGGAGAACUAAAGCACUUUUGGGCAGUUGUGGGGCAGACUAACUCCACUGCAUACAGUACAUCCAGACUUCAGGUUGCCUUAGACCCACUCCUGGCCCUCAGGUCACCAUGCAGUAAGCUUGGUAAUGUCAGGAGGUCACAAUGGAAAGAAAUGGGAGAAAAUGGUUACGGCUACAAUUUUAUCACUGGAAUGAUGGAUCCUAUUCAUUUGAGAUGCCUGUGAAAUCUUACAAUUGUGAACAAAAGAAAACAUGUGACCACAUUUAAAAAAAUGUAUUGCCUGCUUCAUUGCAUAUGCAAAAAGUAAAAAUGCAUAUGCAAUGAAAAUAUCAAAAUGGAAGCACUACACCACUUGCACAUGCUAUCAAUAAACUUGUGCAUCCAAAAUUUAUUAACCCUCAUUUUAGUGUCCAGUAUGUCUCUGAAAGUUACUCUUAAAGCAUUGUAUAAAGUAUACAACUUCAUUGUUUCUUGUUUCAUCAUAUAAGAAUUGCACCAAGUGUAUUUAAUAAAACUAAUGCUGGAAUAAGUGAUUGCAUGGCUCCCAAGAUGUUUUAAAGUGAAGGAAGGGUGAUUCGCCUCAGCAUUAAUUUGUGGCACCCAUAGUCUGUAAUGCCAUGACCUAUUAGUUUAUAUUUUUGUCUUGUUGCAUAUUGCACAUUACUAUUUGUGAAAUCAUAGUCAUACCAAAUUUUUGGUUAUUUAUUGGUCCUUUAAAGCAGGUGAAGUGACCUGGUUUCUGACAAUGUAAGCAAAUGAGUUACCAUACAAUAAAUAAACAAUGCACACAUUCAGAAGGUCCUACCCUGAAAUGGGACCAACAGUCAGGUGGCUGAUUGACAUCUGACUUGGCUUUGUGCUGUCACUGACCCAUUUUAAUGCUGUCACCCAACGCUCCUCACAACUGUGUCCUUUGUGGUUUGCCUGUGUUAAAAACAACACCCAAAAAAAAAAAAAAAAUAGCUUGGGCUAUUAUUAAUACAUUUUUUUAUUUAAUUAAUUUUUUCUUUUUUGGUGGGGGGUUUGUUCUUGGAUAUGCAUAAAGCCCAGUUGACUUGUCACCUCUGCAACUUUUGGUAAAACUGCCUCCAAACCUUCUUACCCUCUAGGGUAGUGCCACUGCUUGCUGCUGCUAUAUGAUACUAUUCCUCUAAUAAGGUACAGUGUGAUUGUUUAUAAGAGCCUACCAAUAGAUUCUCCUCAAUUGAAUUUGCAGUUGUAUAAAAAAAAUGAAUGAAUACAUAAAUAAUAAAGAAACAUACAACUAUAGAUAUUAAAAAAACUUGAAAUUUGAA